ACGCCUUCAUAUUUCUCUAUCUUUCAAAUUCAAAUCCUUCACUAAUUCUUUCCCAAAGCAAUCACACCCAAUCACCCAUCUUCUGCUUCACUUUGGGACCCUCUACAUCUUCAUGAUGUGGCUAAAUCAGCACUUCACAAUUUCCUUGUGGGAAUUCUUUUUCUUUUUAAACCAUGGCAAUUUGAGAUGAGAGGCACCCAGAAAAGACAAAUUCAUGUAAUGCAGACAGUAACCGGAUUUAAAUCUUGCAACUUUAAAGACUAGCCAAUUUUCAGUUCAUGGCAGAUCCUGUCACUCAUCUUUGUCUUCAACUUCAUUCAAAUGAUGACUGCUUUCAGGUACAUUAUGAACUACAAAAUCCCAUUACUCUGAAUACUACUCAGGGCAUAUCCUUCAUCUUUCUCUCUCUUCUGCCUUAACAUGGCUGGUUUGAAGAAACCCACAAUUCCUAGCAAGUAUUCAUACAAUUCCGUCUAUGUCAAUCCCCUAACUGACCUCAAACACCACCAUGGUUGCAGCGAAGGAGACCUCACUACAGUUUUCACUGACAACAAAGAGAACAAUCCUAUCUUUGGAAAUGAUAAAGAAAAUGCAAUUCCCAAAAGCUCUAAUGCAAAUGGGUCCCUUCCAUUAGUGCAAAAGCCGUUGUCAAAUAUGAAGUCUUUGUCUACUGGAAGAGUCCUGAAGCCGACUUCGCUGCAGUUCUGUAUGCAGAUGAAUGAACCUGAAAGGGCUUUGAAGUCCAACUUAUGGGACUCGAUUGAAUCUGAGAAAUCAGCUUCUUCCUUAAAUAUUUGGGACUACUCGGAUUCUGAGGCUGCUCCUGCUUCUUCUUGGUCUAUAUUGCCUAACAGGGCCUUGUUAUGCAGGGCGUUGCCAUUGGACAUUGGGAGAUGCACUUGUGUUAUUUUGAAGGAAGCAUCGCCAGAAGGGUUAAAUGGGGGUAAAUUAUACUCCCUCUAUACCAACGAAGGACAGGGAAGACAGGACAGGAAACUAGCUAUAGCUCACCAUGAGAGGCGCAACGGGAAGUCAGUGUUUACUAUAGCUCAGAAUUUGAAGGGAGUUUUAUCUAGUUCAGAUGACAGUUUUGUUGGGAAUGUAACAGCUAACUUCAUGGGUUCCAAGUAUCACGUAUGGGAUCAGGGUCAUCUCAAAUCACCAUCUAAGUGCAAUCCUCUUCAAGCAGUUGUUACAUUCAUGCCUACCAUAGUCACUUGCGCUGGGAGUUACAGAAGCAUGAGAGUGUAUAUACACAAGCACCAACCUCUGCAGCUAAAGAACACAGCUCAGAUGCAACGCAUUAAUGGCCUGCCAAAGGAUUGGGAGGGAAAAAUGGACAAAGUACUCGAGCUCCAUUCAAAGACUCCAAAUUAUAAUAAUGUUUCAGGACAAUAUGAAUUAGACUAUAGUGACAGAGGCAGAGCUGGUCUUAGUAUCCAAAGAUCAGUGAAGAAUUUCCAGCUUAAAAUGGAGGAACAUGGAAAACAGACAAUUUUGCAGCUUGGAAGAGUGGGGAAAUCAAAGUUUUUGAUGGAUUUCAGAUAUCCUUUAACAGGUUACCAAGCAUUUUGCAUAUGUUUGGCCUCAAUUGAUUCAAAACUUUGUUGCAGAGUUUAAUUACAAGCUAGCUACCACCAUGCUUUCCAGUUCAACUUCUGAACACAAUCUUAGAAAAUCUUCUUUCUAAUGAUAUGAUAUCUUGAGAAAAUAGGGUUUACAAGUGUGUCCGUAAAUAAAUUUGGUAUGAGGGGUCCAUAUUCCCCUCUAUUCCGUUUUUACUUUAUCUCUAGUGAUGCAGCCACCUUAUUACGGUGCCACUUAUCCCUGUCAUAUAAACCCGUACGGACUUUAAUUCCUUUUGGUACACGUGCUAAUAGGGCCGUGGCGUAACCGGACAUGCUCUCCUACUCCCCGUCAUAUCACACAAGCUUGGAUCAGUCCCGUCUUGUUUAGCUGCGGGCUGGGUAACACGCUGAUGGGUUGACCUGUUUAAUGGGAUCUAUUGAGUUUUGAGUCUAUUUUCCUUUUCGGUUCCGGCCUCAGCCCAUAUGCCAGAUACUAUGCGGUAAUCACUAAGGUUGGUUCCUGUGCUUCUUAUUUCAACCGAAGCACAACCAGAUGGAAAGAGUCAAUUUGAAGGGAAGACAAAGAAGUUAGUAGAUGAACAUUUGAUCUUGAGCCUUCAGAAUUCAAUGUAAAUGCUAUUUGAUUUC